GCCGAGCCGCCCAGCCGCCAUGCGACCGCCCGCGCGCCCAUCACCGCCCCGGGUGGAGCCGCCGUGCCGCGCAGCCGCCACCAGGCCCCGCCCCCCCUCCGAGCAGGCGUCGCGCGCGGCGGGAGAGAAGGUUCACUGUCUCAAUGGAAGUGGUACCAGCCUGGGCCCCAGCAGCGAGUUUCACUCUCCUGCCCCAUACAGGAGGAUUUUUAGGAAGCAAGAUAACCAAAAAGGAAAUCCCAGCGUGGUAUGCAUCUUUACAGAAGCCAUCUUGGUGUCCACCUAACUGGGUGUUUGCUCCUGUUUGGGGAACUCUCUACACAUCUAUGGGAUUUGGCUCCUACCUGGUGUGGAAGGAACUCGGGGGCUUCACAGAAAAGUCAGUGGUACCUCUGGGUCUGUAUGCAGGGCAGCUGGCAUUAAACUGGGCAUGGACUCCAAUAUUUUUUGGAGCUCACAAAAUGGGAUGGGGGUUGGUGACUCUGCUGCUUACAACUGGUACGGCAACAGCUACAACUGCUUCCUGGUAUAACAUCAAGAAAACAGCAGCUUAUUUGAUGGUUCCUUACUUAGCUUGGCUAACCAUGGCUUCUGCACUCAAUUACCGUAUCUGGAAGGACAAUCGCAACAAGAAACAAUCUGAAUAAACAGUUUUCAGCCAAAAAGAUGUUUUUUAUCACAAGAAUUUUCUAAAUGAAAUCAUGGCCUUAUUUUGGUUUUGGCUAAAGUACUAAUACCAUUACUUUGUCAAUUACAAGUUGACAAAGCAGUACUUGUUUAAAACAAAUAUGUCUUUACUAGUUCAGUCAUGAAGGGUUGCGUGUCUGACUGGGUUUUAUAGUAAACUAAAAGAUAGUACUGAUUGAAAAAGUACUACUUUUCUAUACUAUAGCAUUUUAUAUGACAACAGCAUUUUAACUACUACCAGAAAUUAGUAUGAACUCCAACUUUAUUAUUGGAGUUCAUAAAUGUUAUUAUUGGAGUUCAUAAAUGUUAUUAUUGGAGUUCAAAAUAAUAAAAUUCCUCUUUAUUAUGUUCAGAGGAAGAAAUUCAGCCGUAUAUUAGCAACAUCUUCCAGAAAGCUGCUACAAGUGUAAGGCAGAACUGUGGCCUGAAUCUUUCAUGUCUACCACUAGACACAGUGCUUUACUACUACAAUGUGUCCCACUACAGAUGCCAGAUACUUAUCUUCUGGCCAUUCUACUCUGGAAACGUUUAGGACAAGAAUGCUUUCACUGUUUGUGCCUUCCCACUUUGAAGCCUUUUACAAUUUAAGGUCAGCUAAAAGCAUUAAACUACAUGGAAACGUA